ACGUAAUGGCGGAAGCCCUGGCCAUGGUGGAAGAGUGUUAGCCAGUUAGCUGAAGCUCUCUGUGUUUAUAUAUUUACAGCCUGGUCUUCUCUCAGAGUUCUUGUAGUUUUGUGGUGUCAGGUAUUCUGCAGAUAUGGCGUCCACCGCUGCUGGGAAACAGAGAAUACCCAAAGUGGCCAAGGUGAAAAAUAAAGCCCCAGCAGAGGUGCAGAUAACUGCUGAGCAGCUUCUGAGAGAAGCCAAGGAGAGAGAACUCGAGCUUCUUCCUCCACCACCCAAACAGAAGAUCACUGAUGAAGAAGAGUUAAAUGACUACAAGUUACGAAAACGCAAGGGAUUUGAAGACCAUAUCAGAAAGAACAGGACUGUCAUAAGCAACUGGAUAAAGUACGCACAAUGGGAGGAGAGUCUGAAAGAAAUCCAGAGAGCUCGCUCUAUUUACGAGCGAGCGCUGGAUGUAGAUCACCGCAAUGUCACACUGUGGCUGAAGUAUGCCGAAAUGGAGAUGAAGAGUCGCCAGGUCAACCAUGCUCGCAACAUCUGGGACCGAGCCAUAACCAUCCUGCCAAGAGUCAACCAGUUCUGGUACAAAUACAGCUACAUGGAGGAGAUGCUGGGGAACGUAGCCGGCUGCAGGCAGGUGUUUGAACGCUGGAUGGAGUGGGAGCCAGAAGAACAGGCCUGGCACUCGUACAUCAACUUCGAGCUGCGCUACAAGGAGGUGGACAAAGCCCGCACCAUCUACGAGAGAUUUGUGAUCGUUCAUCCUGAAAUAAAGAACUGGAUCAAAUACGCUCGUUUUGAGGAUAAGCAUGGCUACAUUGCUCACGCGAGGAAGGUGUUUGAAAGAGCUGUGGAGUUCUUUGGUGAAGAGCACAUUGAUGAGAACCUCUUUGUGGCUUUUGCUAGAUUUGAGGAGAAGCAGAAAGAGUUUGAGCGGGUUCGGGUCAUAUAUAAAUACGCCCUGGAUAAAAUCCCCAAACAGCAGGCCCAGGAGCUUUUUAAGAACUACACUGUGUUUGAGAAGAAGUUUGGAGACAGGAGAGGAAUCGAGGAUGUCAUUGUCAGCAAAAGGAGAUUUCAGUAUGAGGAAGAGGUCAAGGCAAACCCACACAACUACGAUGCCUGGUUUGAUUACCUGCGCCUGGUGGAGAGUGAUGCAGAUGUGGACACGGUUAGAGAGGUGUACGAAAGAGCCAUUGCUAACAUGCCCCCCAUACAGGAAAAGAGGCACUGGAGACGCUACAUUUACCUGUGGAUCAACUAUGCCCUGUAUGAGGAACUGGAGGUCAAGGAUCCUGAAAGAACACGACAGGUGUAUCAAGCAUGCCUGGAACUUAUCCCUCACAAAAAGUUCACCUUUGCCAAAAUCUGGCUGCUGUAUGGUCAGUUUGAAAUUCGCCAGAAGAACUUGCAGAAUGCCAGACGAGGCAUGGGUUCAGCCAUAGGCAAAUGCCCAAAAAACAAGCUGUUUAAGGGCUACAUAGAGCUGGAGCUGCAACUGAGAGAGUUUGACCGCUGCAGGAAACUGUAUGAGAAAUAUUUGGAGUUCGGUCCGGAAAACUGCACCACCUGGAUCAAAUUUGCUGAGCUGGAGACCAUCCUGGGUGAUGCAGAGCGAGCACGUGCCAUAUUUGAGCUGGCCAUCGGUCAGCCGAGGCUAGACAUGCCAGAGGUGCUGUGGAAGUCUUAUAUUGACUUUGAGAUUGAGCAGGAGGAGUAUGACAAAACACGAGAGCUUUAUAAGAGGCUAUUGCAGCGGACACAGCAUGUCAAGGUCUGGAUCAGUUAUGCCCAGUUUGAGCUUUCUGUGGACAGUGAGGACAGGCUGCAGAGGUGCAGGCAGGUGUAUGAGGAAUCCAAUAAGAGUUUGCGAAACUGUGAGGAGAAGGAGGAGCGACUGAUGCUGCUGGAGUCCUGGAGAGACUUUGAGCAGGAGUUUGGUACCUUUGCCAACAAGGACAGAGUGAGGAAAUUACUGCCAGAGAAGGUGAAGAAGAGGAGGAAACUCACAGCAGAGGAUGGGUCGGAUGCAGGAUGGGAGGAAUAUUACGACUACAUCUUUCCAGAGGAUGCUGCUAACCAGCCCAACCUUAAACUGCUGGCAAUGGCCAAAAUGUGGAAAAAACAGCAGCAAGAGGAGCCGGAGCCACAGGAGGAAGACGAGGCAGAAACAGAGGAGAUUGAUGCCCCUUCAAAGCCAAAAGAAGACGAGGAAACAGAAAUACAGGAGCCUAAAGACAUGUAUGACGAUCGUGAUGACAGUGUCAGUAGCACUAGCAGCAGUGACAGCGAGAGUGAUGAAGAAAAGAGUGAAGGUAGAAAAGAGAAUGAGAAAACUGAUUCUGCAGAGAAAGAGUAAAAUGGAUAAUUCUUUCUCUUCAACAACCCCAAGGACUAAUGUGACCUUAUGUUUUUUUCCACAAACUAUUCUUUUAUAACAAAAUAAAAAGAAAA